UAUGGCAAAUGCGGUUCUUGGAGUGACACUCGGCUUAUUAUUAUUUUAAAAAACAAAUUAUUUUUAUUAAAUCCAUUUUAUUGUAUGGACUUCUGAAUUCAAUUUUAAAAACUUGUAUCAAUCAAUCAUUUCAAAAAGAAUGCUUAUAAAAACGGAUGAAAAUUUUUGAAAGCACCUAAUUAGUGACAAGUUCGCGUUCGUUUUGUUCGGUGACUUUGAGAUUGUGAUGUGCUUGAUUAAAUAACGUGUAAAAGAUGGCUAGCCCGUCUCCUCAAAGCAGUCCAAUGCCACCGCCUCAAGCUCCGAGUCCCAUGGGGCCACCUACUCAAAGCCCAGCACCUCCACAAUCACCGCACAGUCAAUUCAAUCAGCAACAUGUAAAUGGACCGCCGCCGUCUCAUUCAGCUGGAUCUGGACAAGCUCCAAUGCCGAAUCAUAUGCAGUCGCCGGGCCCACCACAUACAAUCGCUUCGAAUGUGAAUGGUCCGCCAGGAGUGUCUCAACAUCCUAAUAUGCCGCCGGGUAGCCAUCAGAUACCUUCACAUAUGGUGGGAGCACAUAUGUCGGGCCCUCCAGGUCAUCCUAUUGGAGCUGGUGGAACACAUCCUGGCCCUAAUGGACAUUCAAAUAUGCCUGGGCCACCACAACAUCCAAAUAUGCCUGGUCAAGGACCACCUCAUGGAUAUGUUCCUCAUCAACUAAGUCACAUGCCACCCAACCAAGCUCCUAUGGGCAUGGGAGGUGGACCCCCGCCACAAGGAAGUGGACCACAGGGACCUCCAGGACCAGCUGGAAUGCCUUUGCAACUUGGGGGUCCUCCAUCUCAUGGUGCGCAUCCACAAGGCAUCCCACCAAUGCCUGCUCAUCAUAAUAUGAUACCAGGUGGUUAUGGGCACGCAGCUGCAUCUCCCGGAGGGUCCUCUACACCACCGAGUGGCGCCUCUAGCGGUGCACCACCAUCUGUGACUCCGCAACAACCACCGACCGCGCAAACACCGCCCCAUUGUUCUGCUCCACCACCAACUUCUUCGACAAAUGGGGCUCCAUCAUCGUCUCCUAUGCAAGGCUCAUUACCAGCGUCGGGUCCAGAUAACCUGAAUGCUUUACAACGUGCAAUUGAUUCAAUGGAAGAGAAAGGAAUGCAAGAAGAUCCUCGAUAUUCUCAAUUGUUAGCUAUACGGGCAAGAAACAACCCUAAUUUUUCGAACGCUCAAUUGAAUCAAUUGAAGGCUCAGAUCGCUGCGUACCGUAACUUAGCACGCAAUCAACCUAUAACGCAGCAGAUGGCUAUGAUGGCAUCCGGCAAGCGCACAGGCGAUUCUCCCCCGGAAUGCCCAACACCUCCGGCGCAACCUCCGUCACCCUACGGAGGAAAUGCGGGAGGUUCACAGAGCUCCGGGCCCGGGCAAGGAGCAGGCGCGGGGCCGGGAGGCAAGGCUGCCGCAGGCGAGCCUUCACGAGGUGGGGGCGGAGCACCCCCCACCCCGCUUCCGAUGACUGGUCAAAUGGCACCGCCGACGCAACCCACGCCACCGCUUGUUAAUCCACCGGUAGUGGGUGGGCCGCCACCAGUGCGCGGCGCGGCGCCGGUCCGGCCGGGCCCGCCGGGUGCACCGGUAGCCCCGGGAGCGCUGCUAGCUCCGGGAGCGCCAGGAGUUCCGGGAGUGCCAGGAACUCCGGGAGCGCCGACAGUGCCAGGAGCUCCGGCAGCGUCGGUCGCCCCGGGUGCUCCAGGAGCGCCCGCGCCCGGCGGCAAGCAGAAUCGCGUCACCAGCAUACCAAAGCCGGUGGGGAUAGACCCGCUGCAAGUGCUUAAUGAACGAGAGAAUAGAAUCGCAGCACGCAUUGCUCAUCGCAUAGAAGUGCUAUCAAACUUGCCGGCGAAUAUUCCGGACGAUCUACGUCUCCAAGCUCAAAUUGAACUGAGAGCUCUUCGUGUACUUAAUUUCCAAAAACAAUUACGCGCUGAGAUUUUGGGCCAAGUACGUCGCGACACUACGUUAGAGACGGCUGUCAACAUAAAAGCGUACAAACGCACGAAACGCCAGGGCUUACGUGAAGCUCGAGCUACGGAGAAAUUAGAGAAACAACAGAAACUGGAAGCCGAGAGAAAACGUCGCCAGAAACACCAGGAAUUCUUGCAAACUGUACUACAACAUGCGAAAGACUUCAAGGAGUACCAUCGCAACAACGUGGCGAAGUUGUCGCGCAUCAACAAGGGCAUCAUGAACUACCACGCGAACGCAGAGCGCGAACAGAAGAAGGAGCAAGAGCGUAUUGAGAAGGAGCGUAUGCGACGUCUCAUGGCAGAAGACGAAGAGGGCUACAGGAAGCUCAUCGAUCAGAAGAAGGACAAGCGCUUGGCGUUCCUGCUAUCACAGACCGACGAGUACAUCGCCAGUCUCACGGAGAUGGUCAAGAUGCACAAGCAGGAACAGAGGAAGAAGCAGCAAGAGGAAGAGCGUAGGAAACGGAAAUCAAGAAAAAAGAAGGUACUGGAGGGCGGUGAAAUCGACGCAAUGGACGAUAGUUCACAAACGUCCGACUCGCGAGUCAGCGUCAUGGAUCCCAAGACUGGCGAGGUUUUAAAAGGAGAAGAAGCGCCAUUGCUGUCGCAGCUGAAGGACUGGAUGGAGUCGCACCCCGGCUGGGAGGUGCUCUCUGACUCGGACGACUCGGGCGACGACAGCCAGGACGACGGUGAACAUAGAAGAAGGCGAGACAAGCACAAAGACGAAAGGAGCGACAAAGAGAAGAGCGAGGAGGAGAAAGCGCGGGAAAUGAUCAAGAAGGCCAAAGUCGAAGAUGACGAGUACAAGACGGAAGAACAGACGUACUAUAGCAUUGCUCACACAGUUCAUGAAUCAGUUACAGAGCAAGCAAGCAUCUUGGUGAAUGGAAAACUAAAAGAGUAUCAAAUUAAGGGUUUGGAAUGGUUGGUGUCUUUGUUCAAUAAUAACUUGAAUGGCAUUCUGGCUGACGAGAUGGGUCUCGGGAAAACAAUCCAAACAAUUGCUUUGGUCACUUAUCUCAUGGAGAAGAAGAAAGUCAAUGGACCUUUCCUUAUAAUCGUACCUUUAAGUACACUAUCAAACUGGGUGUUAGAGUUCGAGAAAUGGGCGCCGACUGUACAAGUGGUGUCGUACAAGGGCUCGCCGCAGUCCCGCCGGCUCGUGCAGACGCAGAUGCGCUCCACUAAGUUCAACGUGCUGCUCACUACCUACGAAUACGUUAUCAAGGAUAAGGGCGUCCUUGCUAAGCUACAAUGGAAGUACAUGAUAAUCGACGAGGGCCACCGAAUGAAGAACCACCACUGCAAGCUGACUCAAGUGCUGAACACGCACUAUGUAGCCCCACACCGUUUGUUGCUCACGGGCACACCGCUACAGAACAAGUUGCCUGAACUGUGGGCGCUGCUCAACUUCCUGCUGCCUUCGAUAUUCAAGAGCUGUUCGACUUUUGAGCAGUGGUUCAACGCGCCAUUUGCUACUACCGGAGAGAAGGUGGAGCUGAACGAAGAAGAAACAAUCCUUAUCAUCCGUCGUUUGCACAAAGUCCUGCGACCUUUCUUGUUGAGACGAUUGAAGAAAGAGGUGGAGAGCCAGCUGCCUGAUAAAGUGGAGUACAUCAUCAAGUGCGAUAUGAGCGGCCUGCAACGCGUGCUUUAUAAACACAUGCAGUCCAAGGGCGUUUUACUUACUGAUGGAUCAGAAAAGGGUAACAAAGGCAAGGGCGGGGCCAAGGCACUUAUGAAUACCAUUGUGCAACUGCGCAAACUGUGCAACCACCCGUUCAUGUUCCCGCACAUUGAGGAGAAGUUCUGUGACCACAAGGGCACCGGUGGAGGGGUUGUGUCUGGGCCGGAUCUAUACCGAGUGUCUGGCAAGUUCGAGCUCUUGGACCGCAUUUUACCAAAACUGAAGCAAACGGGGCACAGGGUGCUCGUGUUCUGUCAGAUGACGCAGUGCAUGACCAUCAUAGAGGACUACCUGUCGUGGAGGGCGUUCCAGUAUUUGAGAUUGGACGGUAUGACAAAAGCGGAGGACCGUGGUGAGCUGCUGAAGAAAUUCAACGACGCUAAUUCAGAAUAUUUCAUCUUCUUGCUGUCAACGCGAGCGGGAGGUCUCGGUCUCAAUUUGCAGAGCGCGGACACUGUUAUUAUAUUCGACUCUGAUUGGAAUCCACAUCAGGAUCUGCAAGCCCAAGAUCGUGCUCAUCGUAUCGGUCAACGUAACGAAGUGAGAGUAUUGCGUUUGAUGACGGUUAACUCUGUGGAAGAAAGAAUCUUAGCAGCAGCUAGAUACAAGUUAAACAUGGACGAGAAAGUUAUCCAAGCUGGUAUGUUCGACCAGAAGUCCACUGGCUCUGAGCGACAACAAUUCUUGCAAAGUAUUCUACAUCAAGAUGGCGAUGAUGAAGAGGAAGAGAACGAAGUACCUGACGACGAUCUCAUCAACGAGAUGAUAGCUCGUUCUGAAGAAGAGCUAGAGAUCUUCAAGCAAAUAGACCUCGAGCGCAAGAAGACGGAGACGCAGUCACGGCUCAUUGAGGAGUCCGAACUGCCUGAUUGGCUGGUCAAGGUGGACGAUGAAGUUGUGAGCAAUAAGGGGCAAGGCUGGAACUACCAGGACGAGGACGAGAUGCUCGGCCGUGGCACUAGACAACGCAAAGAAGUGGACUACACAGACUCGCUCACAGAGAAGGAGUGGCUCAAGGCGAUUGAUGAUGAAUUUGACGAUGAGGAAGAUGACGAUGACGACGAUGAAGUGCUGGAUAAGAAGCGAAAGAAGGGACGUAAGAGACGACGCCAAGAGGAUUCGGAUGAAGAAGAGGUACCAAGCUCGUCCAAGAAAAAGAGUAAAACGGAAAUUAAUCAGCUAAAGAAGCGCUUGAAAAACUUAAUGAAGAAAGUUAUUGAUCAUACUGAUGAUAACGGUCGGGUGCUAUCAGAGCCGUUCAUGAAGCUCCCAUCGCGCAGAGAACUGCCAGAUUACUAUGAGGUCAUCAAGAAACCACUCGACAUCAAGAAGAUUAUGAAUAGGAUAGAGGAUGGCAAGUACAACGAUAUAACCGACUUAGAACGCGAUUUCUUCACGCUAUGCGGGAACGCUCAAACUUACAACGAGGAGGCGUCGCUGAUAUACGAGGACUCGGUGCGUUUGCGCAACGUGUUCAUUGAGUUACGGCGACGGUACGAUAGCGGACACAAUUCAGAUGACUCGGAUGAUAAUGAUAAAGAUGAAGAUGACUCAGACGGCGAAUCAAACCGCUCCGUGAAGAUGAAAAUCAAACUGGGGAAGGGAAAAAGCAAAGCGACGCCCAGAAAACGCAAACCGCGUAAAUACAUCUCUGAUGAUGAGGAUUAUGAAGAAGAUUAAAAUCUCGUAUACAUUGGUUACUUAUGUGUUUAGAAUAGCUGCUUAGUAGCUCUUUCAUGGACUAUACCUAGAUUUUAAGAAUUAACCCAAUGUUUUAUAUUAUCUCGAUAUUCUUGAAUUUCCAUAUAAGGAUAAUUUUAAUAUAAAUGACUGUCUCAUGUGACAAUAUUUUUGUUUUGAUUAUUGAAUUGGAAUUAAUCUGGUCCACUCUGAUUAGUAACCAACUGUACAUUAUUCAUUUUGUAAUCAUUCAUUCAUAUUAUUGAUCAUACUUUUAUUUAUUCGCUUUAUAUCAUUUUACCUGCCACCAUUUUAUAAUAAGACUUUGUAGACUUAGUAGUUAAUGUGAAACAUUUUAAUGAAAUGGUAUCAAAUAGAAUGAUUUGUUUGACUACAUAAUAUCUACCCUAUAUGUUUGCUUCAUCCCAUAAAUAAAUGGAUGAAUAGUAGAUUUUCUAGGAUAUAGAAGACUUAUAAUACUUUGAGUAUUUCUGCAUAAGACAUUAUGAAUUUAAUUUACUUAUUUAAAUGAUUAAUUAAUCCAUAAUGAUGUGAAAUGUAUUAAUAAAAUGAAACGCAUUAUCAUACAAAA